AAUUGAACGUCAAUCUUGCCGGGUUGAAUUUCAAACUGAAGACCAUAGGCACCAAUGAUAUUAUUCUUUGUUGGAGAAUAAACCCAGACAAUUUUGUAGGCAGCGAUUACUUCUCAUAUGUUUUCGUUGAUGUUUACUCACAAUCUGAUGAUGAGUAUGUGACGACGCUCAACGAGAGCCGCACUGCGAAAAAAGAAGAAUAUGAUCUGUCAGUAAAUAACCUUACUUCCGGGACAAACUACACCUUUAUAUAUUAUGUGAAAUCGGAGAAUGGCAUUCCAAGCAAAGACAAAAAGCAAUCAUCUUCUUAUACCCGACCAUUGCCACCUCCUCAUGCUGCAAGUAUCAGCAAAGUCACCCGGCAUAGUUUCGCAAUCAGAUGGAAGGACGAUCAGAGUUUAAGGUAUUCUAGCUACAACAUCGUUAUUUCUCCUGUAUUGGCAUCUCUUAAUGUUACAUGUGAUGACCUAGAUUUAGAAAAAGGCAACUGUUCACUACAACGCAAGGCAAAUGUAACAGCCUUGGUAUUUGAUGGACUCGCUCCAGGAAACCUGUAUUCAGUCACGAUCUACACAUCAAUUGCCGGUUUAUACAGUGAAUCUGGACUACACAAUAGUACAUAUACAAUACCACUGCUUCCAAAUAAAGUUUUCAUCCCGGAAGACAACAUCAGCAACAGCAGUUUGUACGUACAAUACGAAGAUCCAGCAUCAAAUUUCACACACUGGAGUUUGACAAUUUCUAAUAAACAUAUACCUUACACCAUGACCAUGAUGGUGCCUAUGAAUGUGUCUUCAGUUCACUUUCAUUACUUACAGCCUGGAACAGAAUACAGUAUAACUGUGCAAACAAGCGUACCGGGCUUCUACAGCAUAAACAAAACGACGUUAAAAACAUUUACAAGACCAAGUGACCUUCAGUCUAUCGAUAUACCAAAAGAGAUGGUGCAUGCAUCUAAUUUUACAGUCAACUAUGGAGUUUGGGAUGAUAUGUACAAUUACAUCCAAUUUACAAUUUGUAAUGUUUCAUGUAUUACUGAGACUCAGACCAAGGGAAUCUUGAAAAAGACAAUUUACAGUCUUACAGCAGCUACAUUUUACAAAAUAGAAGCAUUUGCUGUAAAAAAUACAAGUCAAAAUGUAUUGAAGAGUAAAAACCCAGGGACAGGGGCUUCAUUUUCAGCUCCCGAAAGGCCCACUUCAUUUAGAGACACGGUUGAAUCUAAAAGUGUUACAAUAGAUCUUUCUGGAAACAGUCACUUACUAUUCGACUAUUACAAAAUUCAAUACAACAAUAAAACUGAGAGAUUAUUGAAUCGCACCGAAGGGAGAGCAGUAUUAUCAGAACUAACGCCUGGCACUGAAUACACUUUUGAGGUUUACACAGUUCUAACUGGAAUAAUGAGUGACGGGUUUUCCACAAUAACAACAUUUACACUACCACUACUUCCAAAUAAAGUUUUCAUCCCGGAAGACAACAUCAGCAACAACAGUUUGAACGUACAAUACGAAGAUCCAGCAUCAAAUUUCACACAAUGGGUUUUGCAAAUAUUUUAUAUAUCAACUGAGGAACAAAUAAUAAACACCAAGAUGGUACCUAUGAAUGUGUCUUCAGUUCAGUUUGAUAACUUACAGCCUGGAACAGAAUACAGUAUCACUGUGUUAACAAGUGUACCGGGCUUCUAUAGCAGCAACAAAACGACAUUAAGAACAUUUACAAGACCUGAACCGUUGGUUGAUGCUGAGAGAAGUAUAGCAAGUAUUUCAGUAGAUAAUAUACGUGUACUUUUGGCACCAAAUAGUAGCAAACAUUGUGAUAAGUAUUUGCUGCAAAUAUCACCUCGACCAGAAAUCGGGAAGGAUACUUUCGAAAUAUUUAGAAACGCUAGUGAUCUUUCUCAUACGUUCAAAAACCUUAAUGCUAGCACGCAAUACAACAUUACAAUAACGAAUCACACAGCCCAGUUUGCCCAGCCAGAUACAAAGCUAUAUUAA